AUGAAAUGGCUUACUAAUUGUCUCAGUAAUCUCUAUUCAUCUUCUUGUACCAACGAUUUAGUCACUAGCAUUAUACCACCGCUUGAUAUCCAAGAUUUGAAACCCAUUGUACCCAUUGAAUGCAAAGGAUGCGAUAAGCCAUGUCCACAUCCGUUGGUGCCUCCAGAACUGAAAAUUGACACAUCAAAACCACUGCAUAAUACAGUGCCGUCCUACGCUAUACACAUUGUCAUCAUGACAGGCAAGACGAAUUGGCCAGCACACAUUGAAGAUGAAGGAUUAGCAAGAGCAUUUAUUGAAACCAUACGCAAGAGGAAGCAUUUAGAUCACAGGUCAUUUGAUAACAGGUAUCACCCUGUGGGUUGCCAUGAGCAAACGGCAGAAGAGCAAAAACAAGAAACCCAGCGUGUGAUUGUGACAAACUGCUCUCUGCCUUCCAUUCACUCCACAUCAGGCACAGACAUUUUGCUACUACCUGACAACAUCAUCAUAUCCAACAUUACACCCAGAAGAGUGGACGCCUUGUUUGACUACAUCUACAGAAAGCCAUGCUACCAAGCUUUCUCAGUCUAUCCUUGCCCUUACACUAAUCUGAUCCUGAUCUGUGGUCAUGGCAACAAAGAUCGUCGUUGUGGAACUGUCGGGCCUUUAUUGCAAAAGGCUCUGGAACAAGCGUCCUUGAAUGCCACAAAAGACGAAGGAGCUACAAAAAUAGCACUGGUUAGCCAUUUGGGAGGACAUGCAUUUGCUGGAAAUUUGGUUGUGUACACUCACAAUGGACAUCGUGCCAUUUGGUAUGGUAGAGUAACGCCUUGCUACUGCAAAGAUAUAGUCGAAAACACUCUGGAAGACGACAAAGUCAUCGAGGAUUUAGUGCGUGGUAUAUUUCAGGUGAAAUCAAAGCCAAAUGCGUGUCAGUCUUCGUUAGAAUGGUGA